UUUCUUGAGUAACUUGUGGAGCAAGGAUAAGAAGCAAAAAGACCUAUCCAAGAAUGUGCACAUGUGCAAAUCUCUAGAUCAGACAUGGAUUAAAAGGGGAACUGGCUACCGUGCGCUCCAACGAGCAGAUGCUGUGGGCUGCAACGUUAAAGGAGCACAUGUGCAUGUUUCAUCUUCAAUGCCUUUCGGAGGACGUAGCUACUUAUCUAUGCUAUUUAACGUUAGCUGGCCAGAUUCAGAAGACUUUCAAGGAAGCUAACCUCAAUUCGUAAUCGUGUUGACCUACAAAGUUAAGAAGAAUCUGCAAAAUGAAUGUGUAUGGCUCGUCAGCGACUGAAAUGCUGUUAACUAGCCACCGGGCUAAUAAUACAUUUUUAACUCGUUUAACCACAUAUUACGACACUGAAGAACUCAGGUCCACCCACACAUCCCUUCCGUGUUCAGUUGUUUCUUAACAGGUGGGGCUGUGGUUAUUAACGGGAGUUUCCGGGGCAUUAUUAGGACGAGGCCGACAGAGAUACUUCCAGUGUUAAGAAUGCCAAAGUCGUAUUCUGGAUGAUGUGUAGUAGUAGCAGCUAAUGUUAAUAUCUUAUUUGUGGCGUAAGACAUCUUCCCACGACUGAGCCUAUCUAUCGAACGUUAGCUAACGUUAGCUAUAUAAAUAACGUCCAUUAUUACUUGCUAAAUUAGCUAGCUUUAUAUCGCUACGCUAGCUAUUAUACCUGUAGCAAAGUAGUGUAACUGUUAAGGUAGCUAUCAAGUUAGCGAGCUACAUCGAGACAAAUACUGAUUAAACAAUGAAUUUACCUGCUCCCUUGGAUGAUCUACUUAAGUAAAAAUUAACAAAUCCCCCAUAUUCCCCCAGUCUCGAAAUAUCCUUCCCAUCUUCUCUCUUCCGACCAUUUCCAUUAGCACAAGGUUAUCGCGCUAGCAGCAUAACCUGAGAAAGGAGUCAAUAGGCGGAGUCUUUCCCUCUUGGAAAAUAGAAAAUAAGGCGCACUGAUUUCUGAUUUGCUGGGAUUGGAGUAAGCCAAUAGAUGAUGAGUUUGUAUGAGUGAGGGUCAAGUCAGAAAAAACGUUGGAGGUUAAUGAAUAUGAUAUUUUCAGUGAUUAGCUAUCUACAAUGGGUUAAUUUGGGGAUUGAAAUGUGUUUAUGAGGCAUUAUAUUAUGUUUGGAAUAAUCCACGACUAGGUGGUCAUUACACGGUUUUAACAACUUUAAGCCGUUAAGGUGGUUACUGUUUCAGCAUGUUGCUAUGGUUACAUAUGUUGCAGGGAUCGAACCAUCCACAUCUAAGUUCACGUGCCCCACCUGUAGCAGAGGGUGUGGUUCUCACAUCUCAGUUCACAUGCCUCACCUGCUGCAGAGGGUGUGGUUCUCACAUCUCAGUUCACAUGCCUCACCUGCUGCAGAGGGUGUGGUUCUCACAUCUCAGUUCACAUGCCUCACCUGCAGCAGAUGGUGUGGUUCUCACAUCUCAGUUCCCUCACCCCACCUGCAGCAGAGUGUGUGGCUCUCACAUCGUUCUUCACAGCCACAUGAAGUGGUACCAGCACAGACCUCUCCGCCCCCAACACCUCUUCCCCGUGGAGUAGACGUCAUCAUCGACUUACGAUUGGCAGCCAGGGUGUAUGUAUGUGUGUAUGCAUGUAUGGACACUACUACACAAAUGUUUGGAAUCACUGUGAAAUAAAAAUGUAACUUUUAUUAAAAAUAAAACAUAAAGACAUUUUUUUUUAAAAAUAGUGCAUAACAUACUCAAGUGUGCUCUCCCCACUGAAAAAAAGUUUUACCCGAUUAAAGAAUUGCUCUGCAGAUUGAAUUUUUAUGCGAUUUCUACAGUUGAUGCAGAAAUACCAAUUACCCAACAGAGGAUUUUAGAAAAUAAAUAAUUGCAGCUAAGACAUUUCACAAGAGUUAACCAUAAGGGACAAUGCUAUUUACCAAAGAUGGCACUCAUCUAACAGCUCCUUCAUAAUGGUCAACCAAUGUUAAGUACUAUCUUUGGAGUUUAUUAAAAUGUUUGUCUUGUCUGUAAAUUCCCGAAUGAGAGAAAUCUAGGCUCCGGUGGGAGAAGGACUUUGGUGUAGAGAUCGACCCUAAACUGUGGAGUGAUUUAAAUAUAAAUUGUGACACUUGUAGAUUAAACUCAAGAUAGGCCUACAUGUUAAUUCAACUCACUACAUCAGCUUUAUCUCACACGAAACUGCAUGAGUUCAUCCCUUUGCUUCAGAUGUGGACAACGCGAGAACAGCUGUUUCUGUAAAUUGGUGAAAAUAUUUGUAGGCCUAAUUACAUGUAGCCUAAAUAACAUGAAAAACAGCUCUUUUGAUCUCAAAAUCCCAAAUCCAAAUGCAGUAUAUAUUUAUUUUAUUUUAUUGUAGGACAUUGAACUAAAAUAUUAAAUAAAUCAGCACACACACACACACGCACGCACGCACACACAAUACAAGCAGGCUGGGCUUGAGAUGCUUCGGUGGCUCUUGUUUGUAAAUUAAGUGUGUGUCAUUCAGCGAGAAGAUACAUCAUCCAUUCUCAGCUCUUCAUUCUCGCGUUUUUGAUGCGGCGCAUGCCCCGGGUGAUUCUGUCUUUCCAGGUUGUGGCUAUUUGCUUGCAGACUGUGGGCACCGAAUAAUCGUAGGCUAGUCUCAGGUUGUUUUCGAAGUUUCUACUGAACAUGCGUUUCUGGAGAAGUUAUGAACUGCCUGCUUUGAUUAUUUUUUUUAGCACAACAACAGGAUGGCAUGAUUUAGACAACAGCGAAUACGACUGCUGGCCGUUAGAAAAUCCGGACGAACACAAUAUGGUAGAGUGUGGAGGUCUGGAGAUGGCUUGGUUGCAGCGGCCUCCAGAAAAGGUUAUCAGUGGGGAGAUAUUCAGUGUCACUUAUACUGUUACUGUCUCUGAAGACUUCUACCAGUGGGCUGUGGACAACAUGAUCUUCACUCACAGCUCGAUCAACGAUGCUCAGGCUGCCAAACACUUCUGCGAGGAACACGAGUGCCCUUCAAACUGGAAGGACGCCAAUGGGGAGAACUGCUGCAUUCACCACGCCAACAUCCACUCCUGCCCCAUGGGCUAUAUGGUGAAGGAGAGAAUCUGCGGCCCCUGGAUCCCUGACGAUGGCAGGAUUUUUACCCACACCAUCUCCACGGCAGGCAAGAUGACUCAAACCAACUGGACUGCCAAGGUGGUUCUCUUCCAUCUGGGGGUCACCUCGCUCAUCGCACACAUCCGAGUGGGAAACAUGCAGGUUGCUUUGGAAGCCACAAGCACAGUGUUGCCAGCCAUAGUGUGUGGAGAUGCGGUGUGUGACGAGGACGAGACGUGCGCCACGUGUCCUGCUGACUGCGGCGAGUGUCCCAUGACUGCCGGUGUAAAAACAGCCAUCGGUCUGCCUGUUAUUGUUGUCUUCAUCAGCUUCACAUUCAUAGCCGUGUGGUUUCGGUAUCAGAAGCAGAAGAUGUUUUGGGAUGAAAGCUGGGUCAUUGACUUCAGUGAAAUAAAACAAGACCAACUGGCAAGAACUACCAUGGGCAGCAUAAUGAGCGUCCCCAAUGCCAACAGUGAUUCCAAUGCCAGCUGUGUCACUGCCCUCAGCUCCUGCACCGGGGGCCCCAACGCCCCCCGUAAGCAGCUCUUCACCCACACCGGCAUCUACGAUGGUCGCACUGUUGCCAUCAAGAGAAUUCAAACUAAGACCUUUUCCCUCACUAAGACAAUCCGAAGGGAAGUAAAGCAAAUAAGAGAGCUGGACCAUCCCAACCUGUGUAAGUUUUUCGGAGGGUGUGUUGAGGUGCCAAACGUGGCCAUCGUCACAGAGUACUGCCCCAAAGGCAGUCUGAAUGAUGUCCUUCUCAACGAGGAGAUCCCUCUCAACUGGGGCUUCAGAUUCUCCUUUGCCACUGACAUUGCUCGAGGGAUGUCCUACCUUCAUCACCACAGGAUUUGUCACGGGAGGCUCAAAUCGCCUAACUGUGUCAUUGACGAUCGCUGGGUCUGUAAGAUCACAGACUUCUGCCUGCCGACAUACAGAAUUGAGGACUUGGCAGAAGGGCCAAACACGUACCAGCAGAGGCUUAGGGAAGUGUACAUGCCCCCAGAGGCACAGACCUCCAGCCUGGAGCCUACACUGCAGUGGGAUGUCUUCAGUUAUUCAAUUAUAUUACUGGAAAUAGCCACUAGAAGCGACCCAGUCCCAGUAGAGGAUAGUGCCCUUGAGUGUGCCUGGUGCCCUCCUCUACCAGAACUCAUCUCUGGCAAGGCAGACAACACAUGCCCCUGUCCCACAGAGUAUGCAGAGCUUAUCAGAAGGUGCAGGUCUCACAACCCUGUCCACCGGCCCACCUUUGAGCAGAUCAAGAAGUUUGUCCACAGAAUCAACCCCCACAAAGUCAGCCCCGUUGACAUGAUGAUGAGCCUGAUGGAGAAGUACAGCAAGCAUUUGGAGGUUCUGGUUGCAGAGAGGACACAGGAUCUGAUGCAUGAGAAACAGAAGACUGACCGCCUCUUAUACAGUAUGCUGCCAAGGCAAGUUGCUGAUGAUCUCAGACAAGGAAAGGCUUCAGAAGCCCAAAGCUAUGUAAGCGCUACAGUAUUUUUCAGCGAUAUUGUGGGUUUCACUCAACUGUCUAGUACUAGCACACCAUAUCAAGUGGUGGAUUUUUUAAACAAACUCUACACAACCUUUGAUGAAAUUAUUGACAAUCAUGAUGUGUACAAAGUGGAGACUAUUGGAGAUGCAUACAUGGUCGUUUCCGGUGUUCCAAAGGAGAAUGGAAUUCUUCAUGCCUCUGAAAUUUCCAGCAUGGCCCUGGAUCUGGUUGCCGUCUGCAAGACCUUCAGAAUUCCCCACAAACCCAACACUCUGCUUCAGAUCAGAGCUGGCAUCCAUUCAGGUCCCGUUGUUGCUGGUGUGGUUGGGACAAAAAUGCCCAGAUAUUGUCUCUUUGGUGAUACAGUCAACACAGCUUCUAGGAUGGAGUCUACCAGUGAAGCUCUGAAGAUUCAGUGCAGCUCCAGUGCCUUCUACCUUCUGGAAGAGAUUGGGGGCUAUGUGUUACAGUGUCGAGGGAUGAUGCAGGUUAAGGGCAAGGGCGACAUGGUCACCUACUGGUUAGAAGGCAAACAUGCUACGCCUGCCAUUAAGGAGUGCACUAAAAAACCUCCAUUUAUGCUGGAAAAUGAGGAGUCAUACACAUCUAUCCCUGGGGUCCUGGGUAACGACCUACUUGUAGAUCCACUGUGACUGAGUAAUAGACAGGGCUAUUGAAACUGGGCUUUCAUUCAUGAUGCAUUUUCUCUUUUUAAAAAAUACUAAUGUUAAACAUUUUAACACCAGAAAUUAUUCUCACAUUGUCGCAUUAAUUCAUAUCAUUAAUGUCAAGUACUGUAACAUAUCUGUGAUAGCUGUAAAGACUAUUCUGUGUCUGCAGUCCAUUUUGAGACCUAACCAUUUUUUUGUUGUUUUUUUUCUUUGCCUUGAAUUGGUAGAUUACUGCUGGUUUCUCCAGCUUUAUCUUGGCAUUUUCUUGAGUAAAUCGCUUUUACUGUGCUACUAACCAUGAGAACCGAAAAGGUCUGUAUGAAUCUGUGGUUAUUUCUUUCUUUUUGACAUAUAAAAUUGUAUAUUUAUCAUGC